GGACGCCCUGGUCACCAGCACAGUGAACUGCCUCACCAGCUUCCUCUCAGGCUUUGUCAUCUUCACCGUGCUGGGCUACAUGGCUGAGAUGAGGGACGUGGAGGUGGAGGAUGUUGCCAGAGAUAAAGGGCCGAGCCUCCUUUUUAUCACCUACCCCGAGGCGAUCGCCAACAUGGUGGGAUCCACCUUCUUCGCCAUCCUCUUCUUCCUCAUGAUGGUCACACUGGGGCUGGACAGCACGUUUGGGGGUCUGGAGGCCGUGAUCACGGCCGUGAUGGACGAGUACCCCCAGGUCCUGGCAGGGCGACGGGAGCUCUUUGUCCUC